UUUAUUUCUAGUGUUGGCAAGCUUGUGUGGCAAGGCAUUGAUGCAGAGCUGCAGUCUGCUGGGCCAGCCAGCAUUGCCCCUCUUGUCAUCUGAGGCAGACAUCAAUAUCGGGGCAGUUUUUUCUUUACAUAGAGAGCCAGAGGUGAAGACUCAUAAUUUCACCUCAGAACCACAGCCUACGUCCUGUAUAAGACUGAAUCUACGUGAGUUUCAGUUUGCUCAGACACUUAUUUUUGCUAUAGAGGAAAUAAACAACAACACAAACCUUCUACCUGGCACGACUCUGGGAUAUAAGAUAUAUGAUUCCUGUAGCUCCAUUUCCCUGGCAAUCCGUUCAGCUAUGGCUUUGAUGAAUGGCUAUGGAGAGACACUGAGUGACACAUCAUGCCAACGACCACCGGCAGUUCAAGCCAUUGUUGGCGAGUCAGGCUCCACUCCUUCUAUUGGAAUAUCAUCUGCAGUGGGACCCUUCAGCAUCCCUGUGGUUAGUCACUUUGCCACAUGUGCUUGUCUCAGCAACACAGACAGGUUCCCAACCUUUUUCAGAACUAUUCCCAGUGACUACUAUCAGAGCAGAGCCCUGGCACAGCUGGUCAAGCUGUUUGGCUGGACUUGGGUUGGAACUGUUAGAAGUAGGACUGAUUAUGGGAAUAAUGGAAUGGCCACCUUUGUGGACGCUGCACACGAGCUUGGCAUUUGUGUUGAGUAUUCCGAGGCCUAUUUCAGAACAGAUCCAAAAGAGGAAUUAAUGAGGAUCAUUGAGGUGAUGAAAAGGGCUACUGCCAAAGUAGUGGUGGCAUUUGUAUCGCUAGGGGAAAUGAUCCCUCUUUUGAAUGAGCUGGCGCUACAAAACGUGUCGGGGUUGCAGUGGGUGGGCAGCGAGUCUUGGAUCACUUCCAAAGGGCUAUCAGAGACAAAAGCAUACACAUUCCUAACAGGUGCUGUAGGGUUUGCAAUUGGAAAUGUAAAGCUAGAGGGCCUGAAGGAGUUUCUCACCUCUGUGCAUCCGUCCAAAGCAGCACACAACCUCUUUCUCAGAGAGUUUUGGGAGACCGCAUUUCAGUGCUCGUUUGAAAACAGCCCCAUCGGGGGUUCACAGUGCACAGGAUCAGAGAGCCUACUGACUCUGCAGAAUCAGUACACUGACGUAUCUGAGCUGCGCAUCUCCAAUAAGGUCUACACAGCAGUAUAUGCCAUUGCACACUCUCUACAUAGUCUUCUUAUGGAUGCUGUAGCUUCCAAUGAAACCCACAGGAAUAUUUUAGUUCCUGAAAGGGUGCUUGAAUAUUUGAAGAAGGUUAAUUACACCUCCAAAACUGGGGAGCAGAUUUUCUUUGACUCCAAGGGAGACCCAGCAGCCAGGUAUGAGCUGGUCAGCUGGCAGCCAGACAGUGAUGGAACUGUGCAGUUUAGAACUGUGGGAAUCUAUGACACAUCAAUGCCCUCAGAUCAGCGCUUUGUUUUGAACCGUGGAGGCAUGACAUGGGCUGGUGGUCAAACCAAGGUGCCUGUGUCUGUGUGCAGUGAGAGCUGCCCUCCAGGCACCAGGAAGGCUGUGCAGAAAGGCAAGCCUGUCUGCUGCUAUGACUGUAUACCAUGUGGAGAGGGAGAGAUCAGCAAUGAAACAGAUUCUAAUGCCUGCAUACCUUGUGAUGUGGAGUACUGGUCAAAUGAGAGUAGGGAUCGAUGUGUGUUUAAAUAUAUUGAAUUCCUCUCUUACUCUGAAAUCAUGGGAAUUGUGCUUGUAUUUUUUUCUUUGUUUGGAACAUUGAUUACUAUUUCGGUGGCAGCUGUGUUUUACAUACACAGAGAGACACCUAUUGUCAGAGCCAACAACUCAGAGCUGAGUUUCCUGCUGCUCUUCUCACUGACUCUGUGUUUCCUUUGCUCUCUUACUUUCAUUGGUCGGCCCUCUGAGUGGUCCUGUAUGUUGCGUCACACAGCGUUUGGGAUCACCUUUGUUCUCUGCAUCUCCUGUGUUCUGGGGAAAACAAUAGUGGUGUUAAUGGCCUUCAGAGCCACUCUUCCAGCCAGUAAUGUCAUGAAGUGGUUUGGGCCUCUGCAACAGAGACUCAGUGUUCUUGGCUUCACUCUCAUACAAGUCCUUAUAUGUGUCCUUUGGUUAACUAUAUCACCUCCAUUCCCAUAUAAGAAUAUGAACCUUUACAAAGACAAGAUUAUUCUAGAGUGUAAUGUUGGUUCAGCUGUCGGAUUCUGGGCCGUAUUAGGGUACAUAGGACUCCUUGCUGUCUUGUGUUUCAUACUGGCUUUUUUGGCUCGGAAGUUGCCAGAUAACUUUAAUGAAGCCAAAUACAUCACAUUCAGUAUGCUGAUAUUCUGUGCAGUCUGGAUCACCUUCAUACCAGCUUAUGUCAGCUCUCCUGGGAAGUUUACUGUAGCAGUGGAGAUAUUUGCUAUUUUGGCGUCUAGUUUCGGAUUACUUUUUUGUAUUUUCACUCCAAAAUGUUACAUUAUUUUAAUAAAGCCUGAGCAAAACACAAAGAAACACUUAAUGGGGAAGACAGCACCAAAAUCUCUGUAGGGGACAAUUUAGUCCCAACUCUUUCC